AUGGGAGUGAUUAGAAAAACACUCAACUGGUAUGCUAAAUUAUCACCAGGCCGUGGUAGAACAUCACCUCCAUAUGAGCACGUAGUUCAAAUAGGAGAUCCUACAUUACGUAAAGCUUCUGAACCGGUGCCUGUCGAUACAAUAAAAAACAGUGAGGUACAAACUUUAAUUAAGAGGCUUGAACAUGUUCUCAAUAAAUACGGUAGCGUUGGAAUGUCAGCCCCUCAAAUUGGUGUAAAUAAGAGAAUUUUCGUUAUGAGACAUACAUCAAAAGAAAUCUCAUAUGUUUCACCAGCCAUCGUAAAGAUGAGGGGUAUGAGCGUUAUACCUUUGACUGUUUUUGUGAAUCCUAAGCUGAAGGUGAUCGAUUAUACUAAGAUUAUACAUGCAGAAGGUUGUGAAAGUGUGAGGUCUUUUUCUGCAGAUGUUGCUCGAUAUAAAAAGGUGGAAAUAACAGGUUACAAUGAGGAAGGGGAAAAAACACAACAAAUAUACGUUGACUGGCCAGCCCGUAUAGCACAACAUGAGAUGGACCAUUUAGAUGGGAAGCUAUACACAGACAUUAUGGAUAGAAAAACCUUACAAUGCACUUGCUGGGAGGAGGUGAACUUGUCAAAAGGGAGAGUUGCUAUACCUUUUGUUCCUUAA